AUGGGCGGACAUAAACGCCCAGCACUACCGCCAUCGCGAGCAAACUCUGACGGCCGACCAAAUCGACGCUCGGACAUCUCACCUCGCCCAAAUCCGAACGAGCUGCCUCCCCGCGCUGCGACAGCACUUGGCCGAUCUCCUGGUAUCGCUAGAUGUGACCGAUUCGCAGAAGGCUCCUAUUCCCUUAAUUCAGUCGUCCUAGCAGCACCCGUGCCCUCCGAUAAGGACCACGAUCUAGAUAUUUUGAAGAACCAUCGCACUGAAGCUCUCGCCCAAAACGUUUAUAGUUUAAUACAACAUGGCCUUAAACCAUUAUUUAACCAUCAUGCCGAUUUUCUUCUCGGCUUCGAGGACUCGAAGGAACACCAAUCUGCCACACCCAACCACAGUACCAUACUCCAAUCGACAACAGAGGCCUUCGAGAUGAUUGACAAUUUAAUGCGAUGGUUUCAAAAAUCGGAUUUUUGUUUUAUCCAAGAGCACUGGCAAGCCUCGAUAGAUUGUGCCAAAGCCCACAUGCUAAGCGUAAUCCCGUCGCUUAAUUCGCUUGUUCGAGAUGCCCAAGAGUCCGAUCCAGCCAACAACAAUGAAUCAGAUCCUCAACCUUCAGCUACAAGCGCCCUGCAGCAAAACCAACCAUUCCAAAAUAACUCGCCAACCACCUUCGAACCGAACCCUCCUCCCGAAGCUUCACCUGCACAGGAGCACCAAUCGGAGGUCCGCAGUGCGAAAUCUUCCCGCCAAGACUAG